AUGCCAACCCAGCUGGAGGGAGCAAUGGAUGCUCUGAUACGUGUCUUCUACAACUACUCAGGUAACGAAGGAGACAAAUACAAACUGAACAAAGGCGAGCUGAAAGAGCUUCUGACCAGUGAACUCACCGACUUCCUUACAUCACAGAAGGACCCUCUGCUCGUGGAGAAGAUCAUGAAUGAUCUUGACUCCAAUAAAGACAAUGAAGUCGAUUUUAAUGAAUUUGUGGUACUUGUAGCAGCACUGACUGUCGCCUGCAAUGACUUCUUCCAGGAAAUGGAGAGAAAGAAAUGA